UAUCGGUAAAAGUUUAUAAAUUAAAAUAAUCUAACUUUACAAUAAUAAUUAUAAAAUGGUCUCUACCCGCGAAAACGUGUAUAGAACAAUUUUUUCUAAUUUGUGUUAUAAUUUUAGCAGACGAUGAAAUAACCCUUCAGAAAUUUGAAGAAUGGACGAGAAUCAACAAAGUAAUGACGAGCGUUCAGAAAGUCCAAGCAUCCUGCAACCGAGCCCAGACAAUGAAGCUAUUCAGGAUGACAAUGUUUUUCUCGACCAAUCUGGAUCUGUCAACGAACCAUACAGUGAAAACGCUCUGUUCAACAUACAAUCUACAUUCACUGAAGAUUCCAGUGAUGCUCCUCAAAAUGCCAGACAUACAGUGGAAAGAGAGCAGCAACCUACCUCAUCACAAUCCAAUGAUGUGCCAGAUCUAAUCUCGAGUAGAGGAGUGGCCCCUGAGGAAGACUCAUGUUCAUCAGAAGCACAAAAUACUGAUUCAGUAGAUGAACCCCCAGCAAAACUCCGAAGAAUAAACUCGCCAGUCAAUGAAGUGGAUGGUGAGACCUGCCCUAUUUGCUUGGACUCCUGGGGAAACUCCGGGGAGCACCGGCUCGUGGCCCUCAAGUGUGGGCAUCUAUUUGGCUCCCAGUGUGUAGAGAGAUGGCUCAGGGCACAGAAUUCUAAAGACAGAACAUGUCCCACCUGCAAAAGUAAAGCGAGUUUGAAAGAUAUUAGGUGUAUAUAUGCCAGGAGAUUAGUAGCUGCGGAUACUACGCAAAUUACAGAGUUACAGAAGCAGGUUGAAAUACUGCAGAGCGAAAAGAAUAGGACCGAACUGGAGCUACAAAAAUCAAAAAUAGCUCACAGGGCAUGUGUCAUGCAGCUGGAAGUGCUGAGGAGUACCCUGCUCAAACAACAGGGAAGCAACGAUCAACCUCUCAGGAAGACUUGGAGAUUCGCUUUGGAAAAGAAUCUGGAAAUCUGCAAAGACGGUGGCUGCAGAGUUGCCACAUACAACUGUAGAACUUAUGAGCUGUAUGUCUCACAAAAGAGCACCAACAAUUUGUUCCCUGGGUAUGGCAUCAGAAAAAUCAAUUGUAUCGAUUACAAACUAGGACAAUUUGUUCAUCUGCACCCGAAAGCUAUUCGGGACAUGACAUACUCUCAACCUAGAGACUUGCUCUUGAGUGUAGGUCUGGACAAUUCCGUCCGUGUAGUAGAGAGGGGAUUACCCACAGCUACAAUUCAAUGCGGUGUUCCUCUCUGGUCGGUCUCUUGGGACUACUUGCGCAGCAAUGAGUUCUACGUAGGAGGAGUGGGUGGAGUCAUUCAUCAGUAUGACAUCAGAAACCCAGGCUCUUACAUCCAGAGGUUAACCCCUCCGGGUGACUUGUCUCCGGUUGUUUCAUUGUGCUCCACCGAAUAUGGUCUUCUGUCGUGUCAGCUGAAUUCUUGUUGGCUGUGGGUCGCACAAAGAAGAUGUUGGGAGCCCCGAUCCCUUCCCGUCGACGGUCCCUUCAUGUCGCUCUGCUACGACAAUGACUCUCACCGUGCUAUAGUGGCGUGCCGGCCAGUUGGCAAUGAAAAGUCUAAAUUAACCGUUUGUAAGUUAAAAUCGAGUCCAUCUAGUGGUGAGGUCCUUUUUGAUGUGGAACGGACACUUUUGGGAUCCUCCAGAUCGACAGUCAUGUCCAGGAGUGCCUGGGUGAAGGCUACGGGUGCGACAUGGGUCGCCUCACAUUCUGAAAGUGAAUCGUGUUUGAAUCUACAUGGAUUAGAUGGAGCUAGGACAAUAAGUUUGCCAGCAGCUGAGCCGGCGUUAGAUGUAUAUGCUACUCAAAUAAAUGGCGAUACGUUACUAGCAGCUCUUUCUGAUUCACGAUUACGAAUAUACAAAGCUUUGUCAACAAACUAUUGAUAUUGUGAAUUUUAUUUGUUUUGAAUUUGUAUGAUGUUAAAUCCAAUAAAUAAUGUUUGUGUAAA